GAGUUUGCAGACAGCAGCGGUCUGUCGAAGGAAACCCAAAAAAUCUCUCUCUCCUCAGUCUAAGCUUAAAGCUCCGAACUUGGAGCCUUCCUGUCUACGUUUCUGCAAACCGACGAUCUAGGCGCCCUUUGCCUAUAUUUAUAUUUAACUAACUAACUGACACUAUAUGGACCGGAGACGAACCGACAGCCCGGUCUACGCCCGCCAAUGGACGAGCGAGUCUAGCACCACUCUCGGCGGCGCCACAUCUCCGGCGAUGUCUCCGGUGCGGGGUCACCACGCGCGGUCAUCCUCCGCCAGCGGCAUCUCCAACAUCAAACGCACUCAGAACUUUGCCGCCAAGGCCGCGGCUCAGCGCCUCGCUCAGGUCAUGGCCUCUCAGACCGCCGACGACGACGACGACGAAGAGGACGACCUCGGAUUUCGAUACAGUGCUCCGCCGCCACUCUCUCUUUCUAGAAAUGUCAAUAGUCCUGGUGCUAAGCCUGUGGCUCCGUCUUCCAGGACCACUACUAGAUCGCCUUCGCCCGCGGCGUUAGCACAGAACUCUGUAGAGGAAACUCCACAGGUUCGCUCAACAUCAACUGGAAGGCCAUCAAUGUCUCUCCGUGCAGCGCCUCCAUUGGCACCACCCAAUAGAACAUCACUUAGGACUGCAACUUCCAUGCCACCAUUGGACCCUCCCACCAAUAAUAGGAAAAAAGAGAAUCGAUUCUUAUCAGAAAUAGGACAUUUCAAAGCAAAAGAUUCGGGAGAUCAUCGAGAGGCUUCUGCACUUCGUGAUGAACUCGAUAUACUACAAGAAGAGCAUGAGAAUAUUCUUGAUAAGCUCAGACAGGAAGAAGAGAGAUGUGAUGAAGCCGAUGCUAGAGUUAGGGAACUUGAAAAGCAGGUUGCUGGGUUUGGAGAAGGUGUGUCUUUGGAUGCUAAAUUCUUGAGCAGAAAGGAAGCUGCCUUGCGACAAAAAGAGGUUGCAUUUAAAGAUGCAAAACUGUCAAAGGAUGAGGUAGAUACAGAGGCUGCAUCUCUUCGGUCUGAAGUCGAGAAAGCAAAAGAAGCAAGUGCAGUUGUUAUGCAACAACUUGAUGGAGCUGAAUCUGAAGUGAAAUCCCUACAACUAAUGACACAAAGAAUGAUAUUGACUCAGGAAGAAAUGGAAGAAGUAGUUCUCAAGAGGUGUUGGCUUGCACGCAAUUGGGGCUUAGCUGCAAUGCAUGGUAUUUGUGCAGAUAUUGCAGUAACUAAGUACGAAUACUGGUCAUCACUAGCUCCUCUUCCAUUUGAGGUUGUCAUUUCUGCAGGACAAAAGGCCAAGGAGGAAUCCUGGGAAAAAGGUUAUGAUGAUCUUGAGAAGAGAAACAAACUUGUUCAAGACUUAAAUGAUUUAACUGGAGAAGGAAACAUUGAGAGUAUGCUUGCAGUUGAAAUGGGAUUGAAGGAGCUUGCUUCCUUGAAGGUUGAGGAGGCUAUAGUGCUUGCAUUGGCCCAGCAACGGCGUCCAAACUCUACUCGGCUAUCCUUUUCAGAUAUCAAAUCACCUGCUGACCCAAAGUUUAUGGAGGCUAUUGAGUUGAGUCCAGAGGAGUCUGAGGAUGUACUUUUUAAGGAGGCAUGGCUUACUUAUUUUUGGAGAAGAGCCAAAGUUCAUGGUAUAGAGGAGGAGAUUGCCAAAGAAAGAGUUCAGUUUUGGAUUAACCGCAGUAGGCAUUCACCCACAUCACAUGACGCUGUUGAUGUCGAGGAAGGGCUGAUGGAACUCAGGAAAUUGGGAAUUGAGCAUCGGCUGUGGGAAGAAUCCCGCAAGGCAAUCGAUCAAGACCCUUCCACGCCUAUUGCACAGAAAUCCGCUCCACGGUGAAGAAGCUAUGCUUGAUAGUAAAGAUCUUUUAGAUGUAUGUGCGGUUGUAUGUAUUUUUCCUUUGACUUUAUUUUUUUGUGUUAAUUGGUGUUGUUGAAGUAUUUUUCAUCUGAACUUCUGCCCGACACAGGGCUCCGGUUAUUAACACAUCUAUUCACAAUCGAGGGGUACCCUUUUUUAUUUUAUUUUUUAAAAUUUGUGCUUUCAAAGGGACUCUGUUACUGUCAGUGUUCAUUACAAUUGUACAAAAUCGAAUCUCAAAUAUGCCUUUUAUUUUACCUUCU